AUGGUCAAUUUAACAAUAAAUCAAAUAAUACAAAGCAUGAAUAAUCAAGACAAUAUUCGAAAUAUUUGUGUAAUUGGACAUAUAGAUCAUGGAAGAUAAACGAUAAUUGAUUAAUUACUCAGCAAAUCUAACAUAAAUCUUAUUGAUUAAUCAAAAGAGGCGUUGAUAAUUAAUAAAAAUACUACCUUUUCAUUAUAUUAUGAAUUCGACCUUUCAUCUAAUGGAACAAAAUAACAAUUUCUAUUCAAUUUAAUCGAUUACCCCAGAUUACUAAAUUUUGGAUCCGAAGCCAUUUUAUCCUCAUUGAGAGUAUCAGAUGGAAUCUUAAUUGUUGUGGAUUAUUUGGAAGGAGUGGCAUAUUCUACAGAAUCCAUAUUGAGAAUGGCUCUUUAAGAGAAAGUUAAACCUGUGUUAAUGGUGAAUAAAUUAGACAGAGCAAUUCUUGAAUUAGAACAGGAUGGUGAAACGAAUUUACAACACAUUGGUCAAGAUAAUUGA